CUACAGUCGGCGCGAGCCUGCUUCAUGCACCUGGCUGCUUCGUUCCAGUCCAUCCGAUCCACCAAGGCUUUCCCUGACUUUCCCUGACUUGCAUCACAAGAUCCACUCAAGUUGUCGAUAAAUUACCGACCUCCAAGCCACUCGGAACGGGAUUCUUUCUUCUCAAACAACCCCACUCACAUCAACAACAGAUACCCAACCGUCCAAGGUCACGAAACCUGACGCAAGCCGUCCAACUUCUUGGGCCACACACUACAGACGCCCACGCUUCAACAUCAACUGUUUCGUACAUAACAUCUUUCGUUUUCACAUAGUCGCUUUCCCGCACACACUUUCAUCACCAUGAAUUCCCGCAUGGACUUCACAGACCGGGCCCAGAAGGCUGUCGAGGACGCCAUGGCCCUGGCCGAGCAGUACGGCCACUCCCAGCUAGUGCCGGUUCACCUCGCCGUCUCGUUGCUGGACCCUCCUCCAGACCAGUCCAAGGACCAACAGAAUGCCCCCACCGGUACAACCAGCACGCUAUUCCGCCAGGUCGUCGAACGGGCGCGCGGUGAUCCUCAGAUCUUCGAUCGCGCCCUCAAGAAGACGCUUGUCCGACUCCCCAGCCAAGACCCUCCCCCCGAAACUGUGUCGCUGGCGCCACAGUUCCAUAAUGUUUUGCGAAAGGCCAUGGAACUCCAAAAGGUCCAGAAAGAUACAUACAUCGGCGUGGACCAUCUCAUCACUUCGCUGGCCGAGGACACCAGCAUUCAGGCUUCGCUCAAGGAAGCCAACAUCCCCAAGCCCAAGCUUGUCCAGGAAGCCGUCCAGGCCAUCCGAGGAACCAAGCGAGUCGACAGCAAGACAGCCGACACUGAGGAGGAGAACGAAAACCUGGCCAAGUUCACCAUCGAUAUGACCGAAAUGGCCAGGGACAAGAAAAUCGACCCCGUCAUCGGUCGAGAGGAGGAGAUUCGCCGAGUUGUGCGAAUCUUGUCUCGACGAACCAAGAACAACCCAGUCCUAAUCGGCGAGCCCGGUGUAGGUAAGACCACUGUUGUCGAAGGACUGGCUCAACGAAUCGUCAACCGCGACGUGCCCGACAACCUGAAGAGCUGUAAGUUGCUCUCACUCGAUGUCGGUGCCCUAGUUGCUGGUAGCAAGUAUCGCGGAGAGUUCGAGGAGAGAAUGAAGGGUGUUUUGAAGGAGAUUCAAGAGUCCAAGGAUAUGAUUGUCCUGUUCGUCGACGAGAUCCAUCUUCUCAUGGGCGCUGGCUCAUCAGGCGAAGGCGGUAUGGACGCCGCCAACCUGCUCAAGCCCAUGCUUGCCCGUGGCCAAUUGCACUGCAUUGGUGCCACCACCCUCGCCGAGUACCGCAAGUAUGUCGAGAAGGACGCUGCCUUUGAGCGUCGAUUUCAGCAAGUCCUUGUCAAGGAGCCUACCAUCCCGGAGACUAUCUCUAUUCUUCGAGGUCUUAAGGAGCGAUACGACAGACACCACCGUGUCACUAUCCUUGAUAGUGCCCUUGUGGCUUCCGCCAACCUGGCUGCGCGAUACCUCACUUCUAGGAGAAUGCCUGACUCGGCUAUCGACCUUGUCGAUGAGGCUGCCGCCGCCGUUCGCGUCGCCCGAGAGUCUCAGCCUGAAAUCAUUGACUCCCUGGAGCGCAAGCUGAGGCAGUUGAUGAUUGAGAUUGCUGCCCUCGAAAAGGAGCAUGACGAGGCCUCUCGAACCCGAUUGGGACAGGCUCGCAAGGAUGCCAAGAACGUCGAGGAGGAGCUGCAACCUCUCCGCGAGAAGUACCAGGCUGAGAUCAAGCGCAGUGAGGAGAUUCACCAGGCCAAACUGAAGCUCGACGACUUGGAGAAGCGCCUGGAGGAUGCCAUGAACAACUCCGACCACGCCAAAGCUGCCGAUCUCAAGUACGGUGCCAUCCCCGAGCAGGAGGCUGUCAUCAAGGAACUCGAGGUCCGCAAGGUUGCCGCCGACGCUGCUCUCAACGCAACUGGCGCCGACAGCGGUGGCGCCAUGGUUACCGACAUUGUCACCGCAGACCACAUCAACGAGAUUGUCGCCCGAUGGACCGGCAUUCCCGUCACCCGACUUCGAACCUCGGAGAAGGAGAAGCUCAUCCACAUGGAGAAGGUCCUCGGCAAGGUUGUCGUGGGCCAGAAGGAAGCUGUCCAGUCUGUCGCAAAUGCCAUCCGACUCCAGCGGUCUGGACUCGCCAACCCCAACCAGCCGCCCAGUUUCCUGUUCUGUGGUCCUUCGGGUACCGGAAAAACGCUUCUUACCAAGGCCCUAGCCGAGUUCCUAUUUGACGACGCCAAGGCAAUGAUCCGCUUCGACAUGUCCGAGUAUCAGGAGCGACACGCCCUCAGCCGAAUGAUCGGUGCGCCUCCCGGCUAUGUCGGUCACGAUGCUGGUGGCCAGUUGACCGAGGCCCUUCGACGAAAGCCCUUCUCGAUCCUACUCUUCGAUGAGGUUGAGAAGGCAGCCAAGGAGGUCCUGACUGUUCUGCUUCAGCUCAUGGACGACGGCCGAAUCACCGACGGCCAAGGCAGAGUCGUCGACGCCAAGAACUGCAUUGUAGUCAUGACCUCUAACUUGGGUGCUGAGUACCUUAUUCGUCCUGGCGCCAAGGAGGGCAGAGUUGAUCCCACCACCCGCGAGCUUGUCAUGACCGCUCUGCGAAACUACUUCCUUCCCGAGUUCCUCAACCGUAUCAACUCGGUCGUCAUCUUCAACCGUCUCACCCGCCGCGAGAUCCGCAAGAUUGUGGACAUACGACUAGGGGAGAUUCAGAAACGCCUCGAAGACAACGGACGCAAGGUCAAGAUAGACGUCUCAGAGGAAGGAAAAGAUUACCUGGGCAAUGCGGGAUACUCCCCCGCCUACGGAGCCCGCCCGCUGUCCCGCCUUAUCGAGAAGGAGGUGCUCAACCGCCUCGCCAUCCUCAUCCUGCGUAACAACAUCCGCGAUGGCGAGUACGCCCGUGUCGAGCUCAUCGAUGGCAAGAUUGUCGUUCUAUCCAACCAUGAAGACAGUGAGUUGGGCGAAGAUGAGGACAUGGUGGACGAGGAUGAUGUAGAGGAGAUGCUGGACGAUAUGGACCAGGACAUUUACGACUAAUUUGUCUACAUUGUAACAUGAACGAAUCGGUGUGCUGGUCGGGCUAUCACCACGAGAAUGAUGACAUAAUGGAUGGGGUUUUGGAAACUAUGAAAUAAAUAUUUUGUUUAGAGCAUACUUGUACUUAGAUAAAGCUCAACAAAAGAUGCAAUGAUACACCAAAAGUUGAACA